AAGAAAAUAAGGAAUAAUAAUCAAAACAAAAGCACAAUGUUUCGCCGUGGAAAACUAUCAUUUUUGAAUACCAAAGACGAUCGCAUUAAAAUCAUAAAUGAACGUAUAUCGCUAACUGAACGCCAUCUAAUGGAAAUGUGUUCAUCCUUCGCUUUGGUGACAAGGAAAAUGGCCAAAUAUCGUGACUCCUUCGAUGAGCUAGCGAAGGGCGUCAAAAGUUAUGCAGAUGACGAGGAAAUAAAUGAAAGUCUGUGCCAAGGACUCAAAAGCUUCACAAAUGCCGUGACCAUAAUGGGCGAUUACAUGGACAUUAAUGUCCAUCGGGUGGAGCAUAAGAUUGUCAACGAGUUGGCGCAAUUCGAGCAUCUGUGUAAAUCCACGCGGGACAAUCUACGACUGGCUGUCAUAGCCAGGCAUAAGGAAGUGCUACGUCAACGCCAGAUGCUGGAGCUAAAAUCCAAAUUUUCCGCCAAUAAUAGUGCCGCCGAUUCGGAGCUUUUUAAAGCCAAAAUGGAGGUGCAGCGCACCAACAAGGAGAUCGAUGACAUCAUUGGAAACUUUGAACAGCGCAAGUUGGGCGAUCUGAAGAGGAUCCUCAGUGACUUUAUCCUGAUCUCCAUGAAGCAACACACCAAAGCGCUGGAGGUCCUCAGUGCCAGCUAUUACGAUAUCGGUAGCAUCGAUGAGCGUGAAGACUUUAUGGAGUUUCAGAAGCUGAUGAAGACCAAGGAGGCACCAACACCCCGCAAGGCGGCCCUCAAGAAGGGUCUGCGCUCACAGUCGAUGGAUAGCCUAGAGCACGAGCACCUGGUUAGUCCGUUGAAGAGGCGCCAUAAAUUGUCGAGGAGUAGCAAGAAUCUGGCAGGAGCUGGAAUAAACCAUGGGGCUAGGACCGAGCCAGAAGAGGAGACCGACGAACAGGAUGACGAGGACGAUGAGGACGAGGAUUCCGAACAGAGUGUCGAGGAGGAGGAUGAAGAGGAGUCCGGCACCGCCACCGAUGACGAAAGAGAGACCACAACCCAGCAGGCCACGCAGUUAACGCCCCGCGAGAAUGUGUUUGGGGCCAAGACUCGAUCUGCUGCCACAGCAUCGACCAGCACCAGUGCCAGUGCUUCUAUGAAACCGGCUAGGCAGACGGUGAAGCAUCCUUUUAAGGCGGUGGCCUCCACGCAUGUAAGGCUGCAAAAGCAGUUCCAUGUGCCCCAGCACUAGCACACAACUUGAGAACACUACCAAUGAACCAGAGAUAACUAGACAUAACAUUAUCACAUUACAGUAUUGCUGACUAUCUGAGUCAUACAUAAACACAUAUCGGAACUAUUUACAUAGCUGUUUGCUGAACUGAAUUAUAAAUUUAAUGAGAGAACAAAUAUAGUUUAGCUUUCAAGUAUAUAGUAAGGCCAGAAUUUAGCUUUUAAGACAGAAUAUUAUGUUUGCUUUCGGAUAUUAAGGACAGGAUUUAGGAGCUUUUGCUUUGCUUUAUGACAAGACAUCUAAUCAAACAAAUCCUAGGCUUGCAUAAAUUAAUAUACUCGAUUAAAGUUUAUAGUUUUAGAGUUUUA